AAAAAUGGCAGCCUCCAUGAACAUAACUUAAAAUCGUGUCGAGAAGAAAUACAAGAGCUUAUUUGUUGAUAGAUUUCACCCAACGCAAUACAGUCUGAAUCUUUUGGAACAGCAGGAACAUCUACAUUGCAACAUAGACCUACAUGUACAUGAUGUCACCCUGGUUGAAUUUCAAUUUACGACAUUUGGUCCAAUCAACCCAGAGAUCGCGAUGGCACAAGAAAGUACUGAGGUGCCUCUAUUCCAAAACAGGGGUUUGGGAUGGUGACUUUACGAUUGAAACAAGAAAGGAGCUGGAGAACUACUGGAGGGACCAUCUUGCUCUACAAAACCAGCAAUCCUCAUUGAGUAAACAGGAUGACCGGGACAAGUUCUACGUCUUGUCCAUGUUCCCGUACCCAUCGGGAAAGCUUCACAUGGGGCAUGUUAGAGUGUACACCAUCAGUGAUACCAUAGCGCACUUCCACAGACUCAAUGGAAAACAGGUCUUACAUCCUAUGGGGUGGGACUCGUUUGGUCUUCCUGCAGAGAAUGCGGCAAUUGAUAGAGGGCUCCAGCCUGCUGACUGGACACACAGUAACAUCGACUACAUGCGGAGGCAACUCAAACAGCUGAGCUUUUGCUUUAACUGGGAAAGAGAGGUCACAACUUGUUUACCAGACUACUACCGCUGGACUCAGUCCAUCUUCGUAAGGUUGCUUGAAGCUGGUCUAGCCUACCAGAAAGAAGCCGUCGUCAACUGGGAUCCUGUGGACCAAACAGUGCUGGCAAAAGAACAGGUGGAUGAGAAUGGUUGUUCAUGGCGGUCUGGGGCUAAGGUUGAACAACGACUGCUGAAGCAGUGGUUCCUCAAAAUGACACAUUAUUCCAAGUCUCUGCUCGAAGGUUUGGAUGAUCUCCCUGACUGGCCUUCGGGAAUCAAGAGUAUGCAGGCUAACUGGAUGGGAGAUUGCUCUGGGUGUGCCUUCAGCUUCAGACUACAGUUACCAAGUGCAUCAGAAGAGUCGAUAUCAGUCCACACCCAGUAUCCAGAGCUGAUCUAUGGGGCAUCACAUGUCAUCUUAGCCCCUACCCACACUCUACUCAAGAAACCUGAAUUCAUCCAGAAUCUCACAGAGGAAAUCAGGACCAAGUUAGAGCAGCUGGAAUCUGAAAGAACAGAUGUAGAUCUUGGCGUCCAAGUUCUCCAUCCCUUCACACAGCAGCCGGUGCCACUGUUUGCCUCAAGUCGUAAGACCUUUGAGGAGAAUGUGGAAUCCCAUCUAGGAAUCCCUUGCAGCGGAGAGGAGGAGGAUGUAGAGUUUGUUCAUCAGCAUGGCAUCAGCUAUGAGAAGGUCCUUGAUGGUGGGAGGAUUGUCAACUCCGAUCAGCUAUCAAGGUUGUCUAGGGAUGAGGCCAGGUCCUCCAUCAUGGAACAUGCCAGAGAGCUGGGUAUAGGUGGUCACAUGACCAGUCCCAGGCAGUUUGAUUGGCUGAUAUCAAGGCAGCGCUACUGGGGUACCCCGAUCCCUGUCAUACACUGUCCAACAUGCAAGGCUGUUCCAGUUCCACACACCGAGCUUCCAGUGACCCUUCCCAAGCUGGACUCCCUCUCAGGAAAGGGCUUGUCCCCACUCGAGAAUCAGGCAGACUGGAUCAACACACGGUGUCCAAAGUGUGGGGGAGCAGCGAAAAGAGAAACAGACACCAUGGACACAUUUGUGGAUUCUUCCUGGUACUACCUGAGGUACACUGAUUCAACCAAUCAGAAGGAAGCCUUUGGAAAGGAGAAUGCUGAUUGGCUGCUGCCUGUAGAUGUCUAUGUUGGAGGAAAAGAACAUGCUAUAAUGCACCUGUUGUAUGCUCGGUUCAUCAACCACUUCCUGCAUGACCAGGGGCUAGUAGCCCACAAGGAACCUUUCAAGAGGUUACUUGUCCAAGGACUUGUGAUGGGGCAGAGUUACAGAGUGACAUCAACUGGGAAGUAUAUCACGCCUGAUCAAGUAGAUCAUUCAGGUUCUGCACCAGUCCAGAAGGGUACAGGGGAGGAGCUGGCCGUCAAAUGGGAGAAGAUGAGUAAGUCAAAGUAUAACGGGGUCGACCCUGAGGGCGCUAUAGAGGAGUUUGGCGUAGAUACUGUCAGGCUCUUCAUCUUGAGUGGUAUACCACCAGACCUGGACAUGAUGUGGAACGUAGAAGCAAUAACCGGAGUGGUCAGAUGGAAGAACAGGAUGUGGGGACUGGUGACCAGGUUUUAUGAAUUGAGAAGUGACAGUGAGAGAAAUGAUACCAGUCUUGACAAAGAGCAGCAUGUCAAAUUAGAGAGAGAUCUUGAAGUCCAACUCAACAAGGCCAUUGAGGAUGUAACAACCCAUUUUGGUUCCGACUACAUGCUAAGUGUGGCGAUCAGUCGUCUGAUGACCAUGACCAACCAGCUGAGAGCAUACCCUGAUGACUUCAUCAAGAACUCUGUAGCCUUCCAGGAUGCUCUAGGAUCCCUCUGCAUCAUGGUAGCACCCAUGGCUCCUCUCAUAGCCAGUGAGAUGUGGCAGGGUAUCGGUGGGGCUGGUUACGCCAAAGACAGUAGGUGGGACUGGACAAAGACGGUGCUUGAGCAAAGAUGGCCAUCAGUCACCGAAUGCAACCAAGUCAGUUUGGAUACAGUUGAACUUGUAAUUAAGAUCAAUAACAAGACGAGCGGGAAAGUUUCUGUUCCAGCAUCUCUGUUGGAAAACAAGGAAGAGCUAGAGCGUUUCAUACUGGAUAGUGAGCUGGGAAGGAAACAAAUGGCUUCCAAGACUAUCAACAAGAUGAUUGUUGCAGCUAAAGUACCCCUUGUCAAUUUCUUGACAAGGUGAUGUUCGGACCAAGAAUAUUUUUGAGAAGUUAUUAAACAGAUAUCUAGAAGAUUAUUGAAGCAGCUAGCUUCAAAAGCUGUUCUGAAGAUGGUCACAAAAUUUAAAGAUCCUCAUGUUGAUGUUAGGAUGCCACCGAUGUCAAAGACUAUCAAGAAGGUGAAUCGUGCAGCUAAGGUACAACUAAUCAAUAUCUUGACCAGAUGAUAGGAACUGACUUGCUUUCAAAGCUAUCCAGAGACCAUUGUGGGAGCUAAAGAAAGUAAAGCUUUUAGCAAAUUUCUUGACAAGGUGGUAAUAGAAUCUCACUGAAUUGAAGAGCUAUAUAGCAAUGAAAGUGCCACUCGUCAGUUUCCUGACUAGCUUGUGAUGGGACCUGACCGAUUUCAAAAGUUAUCUGGAAGUUGAUUGAAGCAGCUAAACUUCUUGACCAGUGUGACAAUAUCAUGGAAAGUUUGUUUGUUUGUUUUACCUGACUGCUAAGAAAGCAUGUGUAUGCUUGUAACUUAAGCAACCAGGGGAUGAUGGCUUUAAGUCCUCUCCGAGGGACUUGGUGUGAGAACUAAUGCCUUACCAAAGGGCACUAGUGCAUUGACUUGGUUUCGACUCCGGGACCUCCCGGUUAAGAGACCACUGCUGUACCACUGAGCCUCCUCCAGAGGACACUACAGUUGGUCAAAAAGUAGACACAAAUUUUCCCGUCAUUGAAGUUUAUAAUGUACAAUGGCUCUUCCUACCCAGGGAGCAUUGGGGGUUGGAUCAAUUGAAUCGAGGCAUUCAUAUAUGUUGCUUCUUUAAGUUUUCUUUCUACCCAGGUAUCCAAGGUGAUAAUAAAUUAAACUGUUUUAUAUCACAGUUAUUUUCGAUCGCAGGUCAUUAAUAAAUGUCUCAUUUAAACUAUUUCUCUUCGGCAAGUACUCAUGGUCGCUAUUUUGAGUUUCACUUGGACACAAUGUGCCAGGCAGCUGUAUCCAAUUUCUCAACAAUUGUUUCUGAAACAUUUAAAGCAUCAUACAAAUAAUGCAUUGCUCUGUUUGCAUUUGUUAGAAUAAGGGAGUUUACAGAUAGCACAUGGUACAAAUGACCCCAAAUAUCCACAGAUCUUUUACACAUGGAGAAGUUCCACUUUGAGCAUCUUGGAAUAA